AGUCUAUUCCUUUUUGAACUAUUAAAAUAAAUUAUUUUAAACCAAUCAUAUGGACUCUUUCCACAGACAUGUCUAAAACAUGAACUGAUUCGAGAGAUAAAGACAUUAAAAUAUACAUAUUUUCAACAUUUUUAAAGCUAAAAAACAACAAAGAAAAGAGAGGUCAUUUUUAAAUGAAUUUAUUCAUUUCAGAUCCCGUUGGGAAAUGCAGGCUUGGACCAUCACCAAACAUUCGCCAACUGGAUGAGCAGGAAGUGAGAUCUCACCAUCAACACAACACAGCGCCUCCCAGAGGUCUGGUGCAGACCGACAGUCCAAACUUCCUCUGCAGCAGCCUCCCAAAGCACUGGAGGUGCAACAAAACCCUGCCCAAGGCUUUCACUGUGGUUUCCCUUGGCAACGACGUGCCAGACGGCGUUGCUGUGACAGUGAUGGCUGGCAAUGAUGACAACAGCAGUGCUGAGCUACGCAAUGCCACGACCACCAUGAAGCAGGGCUGUGCCCACUUCAACGACCUGCGCUUCAUAGGUCGCAGCGGCAGAGGCAAGAGUUUUAUCGUGUCAAUAAAUGUGAUGACCUCACCUCCUCAGAUCGCCACCCUGCACCGAGCCAUCAAGAUAACGGUGGAUGGACCUCGGCUACCGAGACGACAAAGACUGAAGUCAGGAGUGUUCAGACCUUCCAGCCGCAGCUCCGCUGCCUCAUCUGACUGUAGGUCCUAUUCCUCCUCUCUGUGGACCAGUGACCCAUCGUUUCUGGGCCAGGUGACCUCUCUGACGUCGUCCUUUCCUCCAGCUCCCAGAAUGCAUCACCUGUCUGCGCUCCCUUACUCCACCCAGACUCCUUCCUACGGCCCCUACCUGUCGUCUCCUCUCGCCCCCCCUCCGCUGAGCCACGGUGGCUCGUUCCAGCCGGGAGGCUUCUACUACGGGCCGGCCCAGCCGGCCCCGGCCCAUGGGGAGGACCGCAGCGUUUCAGCCCUGAGCAGCUACACCGAGGCCGGGGGUUUCCCCAUGAGAGGGGACGAGCCCGUGUGGAGACCUUACUGAGGAUUGGAUCUGCAGACGUUAUUGUUCUUCUCACCAACUGUUUAUCUGUUAGUGUACUAUUUUAUUGAUUACUUUGAAUAUUUGUUUUAUAACUCAACAUUUAGAUUGUGUCAAAUAAUAAAUAAAUAAAUCA